AUGGAAAAAACCAGAAGAAUACUCAGAAAACGGAAGGAACAGAAGAAAGGCCCUGGAUACAAAACUUACAUGAUGUCUGUGGACACAAUGCUAGCUGAAGAACAUGAAGAUCUGGGCAGUGAAUUUUGCUCCGGCUAUACCGAUAACUUAGGGAAGUGGAAUACUGGUUUUUACUGCCCUAGUGGAGAUACCCAAGCACUAUACUGCUGUGGCACACCCACCAAUAAAUAUUGUUGUGCACAUCGGGAACAUGUCAACAAAGAUGACUUCUCAAGCAGCUUACCUCUUCUACUGGGUGUAGUGAUGGGAAUCAUAGCAGCAAUUUCAAUUGUCACACUCAUGUCCUGCUGCUUCUGUUCCUGCUGCAUUCUCUAUAAAAAGAGGCAACCUACGACUAAUGGUGGUCCGUUAUAUCAGCUGCAAUGUUCCUCUACUGCUAGCGGAGUAGCAAAUAUGUACUCAUUUUCCAAUCAGAACAGUCACGCUAGCACUCCAAUUGAUACAGCAGUUCUUGUUGAUAUGGAGCCAGUUGGACGGAAUAUGGAGCGAUCAUAUAUGUCUCGUGGCCGCCAUACAUUUUCCUGCGAACCUGAGCCUGCACCACGACCCGAUAUACUAGAAGACAGUGGAACUGGAUCAUCAUCGAGGCUCAGAGCUGUUGAACCACCACCUCCAUAUGACUCACCAGCAUCAUAUGCUAUGAGAGAACAUAUGGCUCCACAACAAAUCAAACGUCAACAUCCACAAUUACCACAGCCUCCUCAACAUCCACCUCCCUUACCACCAGUUCAACGAGAUGUCCAUCGCAGUGAGCAAAUGAAUGGGAAUGCCCUAGUGCAAAAUAGUACUUUUAUUCAAAUCCAGUCUCAUGGUACCUCAGUUGCUCCCAGCACUCAGAGGUCACCUUCAACCGAAGUGCUUGAGCCAUUCAGCUGCCAUAUGGUAGUGUCUGACGCAUGUGCAUCUCCAGAAGGUAGCCAGGAUACCACAAGCACAUCAGAAUCUCCUCAGUCUGUGAUAAAGCAGGUGCUGGGAGAUAUUCCAGAAGAAACCUUUUCGACUACAUCUACUCCUACUCCUCCCAAUACGACUGCUCCAGGUUCUACAUCAGUAUCUAACGACACCAAGCAAGUGGCAAUUUCAAAUCAAUCAUAUUCUGCUCCUUCACAUUGCUCUCCUUCACAGAUAUCUAAUAUUAAAGGUUAUUCACACACCAUUGUACGAGGCUCACCAUCAGGACCUAUUCCACCUCUUCGAGCCUUGCCAACAGUAAGAUCUGUACCUUCAGGUCCAUCUCCACCUGCUCAUAUUCUUUCUCAAGCUUCCUCUGCUGUUGGGCAAUCCCAACAGCUAGUUCCCACAGUGGUUAAUAUCAAUCAACCCACAGUCACUCCAUCUGUACCACAACCAUGUGUUUCACCCAACUCAUCUUCCAAACCUUUGGAUUCCAAUGUUCUCUACCACUCCACCAAAUUCUAGGGUUUCUAAUGGUGAGUGUAGAUAGAAAUUUUUCAGUAAGUUUAUAUUUGAAACUUUGAUGGAUCCUUAAGAGAAAAACUAGUGUUUCAGGUGCUGAUGAAAAGAAUUUUGAUUCUUUAAUAAAUGUUAAAAACCAUUUAUAUAUAUUAAUGAGAUGCAGUGCCUGUGCUGGAGAGCCUUGUUUACUAAGUAGUUAUAGUCUUUUCUCAUUUAGAAUUUUAAAGAUACAAGGAAGAACAAGGCAUUGUUGCAUGGUGGAGUUGUUGGCUAAUUUAUAGUUCACAGCAACAAUUACUGGUAAGCAAUACAAUUAUUAAAAUCUCAAUUUUUUUGGAGAUAAUGCACUAAAUACCUAGUAGGAUUCAUCACAAUAUAAAUAACCAAGAGCUAGUGUAAGAGCGAGAAAUGUAGUGCAUAUGCAUUAUAAUAAUAUUAUAUACUGACUUGCAUAAACAUUUAAAACUAAAGAUUUGCUAAUAGCAUUUCCCCUUUAUUUCCUAAGAAGCAUCAUUAAAACACUUUUUUGCCAGCUUUGACACACAUUAUCAAUUUCCAGUUGAGGACCUUUAAUUUGAUCCUACUACAAAAUGAGAAAUACAUAAAAGAUACAACUACAAGUCAAUCUUAGAACUUGGUUUAAUUGUGGUCACAACUGGCACAAACCUCAAAAGGAGCACAAUUUUGACCCAUCGCCAAUAUAAAAUAUUUUAUAAGAAAAAGUAUUUCUAUUUUUCUUUUUUAUUAAGUUCUACAUGGUCAAAGGUGGUUGAUUUUUAAUAUUAUUAAGUUGCUGAGUAAUUCCAGAUGAGAAAAAACUCAUCAAUACUUUAAAACCACUGAGAUAGGACUCUUUGAAGUAGAUAUUCAAUCAUAUAAAUCUAACAAACAUGCUGAAGGGCAAGGGCUUGGUCCAAGUGAAUUAGUAAAAUAUUUUGAGACAAAACGGCAUGUAAAAUUAAAUUUUAACACAGUAACUAAAAUAAUAGACUUCAUAAAGUCAUUUUUCUAAGUAUAUUUGUAUAUGGACAUACAAAAUAUGUACAUAACGUAUUAUAAAUUGUUUCAUACCAUGUUGUAUAUUGAUCUUUGAAAAGAAAAUUCUGAGGCCCUAAUUUGCAUUCCUCCACCCCCUUCACUCCUUGGUGAUUGCAAAUAUCUCAGCUUGCCUGAAGUGCAAAAUAAGCUAGUUCCAGCCCUGAAUUAAUGUCAAUAUUUGAAAUUCACAACUGAAAGUGGUCAUGUGAAAAAAAUAGUAGCAACAGCAACCCUAAACUAGUAGUUACGAUGACGAGAUGCUGGUGGUUGUCAAACACCAGUGCCAGUCAAACAAUGGUGCCAAUCCCACACGGCAGACCUCUACGAUACAUGGGAACUUUAAUAUUGAUUGUACGUUAUGGCAAAAUACUCAGUUCCAAUGAUGUGAAAAAAUAGUGUAACAUGGACUACAAUAAAGGUUUCCUAUGAAAUUUAGUUUUCUUUUGUCACCGACGUAGGGAAUCGCACUUUCUGGAGGCGCUUCGUAUUAUUGAGAAUUAAGGGAUACGAUUUGUCAUUCUGUAAAACUGUAUGAACUGAAAUAAUGAUUAAUUUUCAAGUUUCAUGUACUACUGUUACCAAGUGCAGCUCCCCUUCCGCACAUUUCGCCCUAAAGAAGGUCGCAGUAUUACAAAAAUUUGGUCACAUUUUUAUUUCAUUUAAUAUACUAUAUAGAACUUGGUAUGGAUACAGAAAUGUUGGUAGCAGUAUCAUACAGUACCUCACCAAGCGUCGAGUAUACAUACAGAAUUAUAGUACAGUAAAACCUGUCAAAGGCGGAACCUGGAUGAGGCCGGAAAAAUCUCCAAACGGGCUAUUUUUCAAUGUAAAGUAUACUGGAUAAGCCGGAAAUCUGCCCAACGCAGAAAUGGUAAGGACUUUCUAGUAAGACGGUAUAAAAAAUUCUGGAUAAGACCAAAAACAAAUAUUGUUUUAAAUUUAAACGUGGACUUGUAAGUGUGGCGACUUCGUUCUACGAGUCACUCACAGCUGUGUUCGCCCAUUCGCUUUCUCAGCUACCUUUGUCCGAACAUCGUAUUUCCUAUUCUACUCGUGCGAAAGUCUCCGUUUAUUUGUAAUAGCAUUGACCUUCAAAAGCCCGUGUGAAGGAAGAAGCCGCGAAGAGCGAUCCUUCGAGUUCUUGUAAUGCGUGCUUUGGUUUCAGUGGUUCUAAACGCAUACUGUUGUUCAGUACGACGAGUUGCAGGUGUGAUUAUGAUGUCAGGCGGCAAAUUGAAAACGUUAACUUUCGGUGAAAAAGUAGACUAAUUAAAGAACACUAUCAAAUAACACUUCUGGCACGGAUUUGAUAAAGAAAUUUAAAGUGUGGAAAACUCAAGUGCUUUUCACCUUCAAAGACAAAUCAAGAAUAAGUGGUUAAAAAUAACUUUUUAUACAUGGUUGAUACAAUAUUCACAAGAAUCUAGGCAAAUAGUUAAAGCCUAAAUCAUCAGAUAAAUUCAUCUGUUCGUACAAAUAUUGAAGAAUCCCCCCUUUUAAGGAGUUCUUUGUUUUAUGUCCGCGCGUUGUGUAUCUGUAUGUUAUUUCCAUUGUGUGAGCGUGGGUUCAUGGCCCGGCACCGAAUGUAGCCGCCGACUCUCGUCUGAAGAUUACGGAACCGUUGGCCUGGUGAUCGCAGUAUCAGCGGUCUACCAGUAGCGGCUCCCUUGCGAUCGAAGCAGGGAUCGCAGUUUGUCCCGGUAGAUCCACGGACGCAAUUCCGCACAUAUUUGAGAGCUCGAAUCGGUGCAGGUUUAUUUCAGGGUUGCUUGGCUAGGGUAAUACAAAGGGACUUACAUUGUUUUGAAAUGACAUCAUGGAGUUCAGUUCAAGCACAUUUAUUAACAAAUGAGAGAAGUCCGCUAGGCGCGCGCAGGUUGGUUGCCGUUGGUUGGGUCCGCACACUGGUUGAGUUGCCGUUGCCAAGUUACGCGUCGAUGGAAGGCGUUGCAAAGGGUCAACGCCCUUCCUCAGCUGGAACGGCCUCGUGGGACUAAGAGAACCGAAGCCGGAAGCCGGAGAACCUGUGGUGAUCCCCGCCCAACUCCAAGCGAUGCGCACUGCCGCCCUCACCGCAGAUUCCUGAAGGCACGCGCCGGCGCCGUUUGUUUGUAGUGACGCGGCACCGCGAGCAGCCGGAGUGAGUAGCUUUGGUUCCGCGGCCGCAAUUCAAUUCCCGGCGCAUUUUGGGUUGCAUACGCCUGACCUGUCGCGCAUGUCCUUGGUCUCGUCCGUCUCUUCGCCGCUCACAUGAAUCCUCACUCCCACUCCCAUAUUUUCUCUUAUUCGCACAUACUCGACACUGGACAUCUACUCGACGCCUCUGGUUCCGCCCGCUCGCCCGUAUCUUUCUCUCCUGAACACGACUGCCUCCGCUCGUUCCCCGAGAGUUUCUAUCCCUUCGUCUCCGGGUUUACAUCUGCACACGCCUGCCCCCCCCCUCUCGUCGCAUGUUCAGUGUAGUCGGUCUAAUGGGGUCUGUGUCGAGUGAAGUCAUCGGAGAUUCGUCAGUUUGGUCACAUGCGAGGUGACUCCCGGGUUUAAGAACAUCAGGUUACAACAUCUUGGGUGGUUUCUCUGUCCGUAUAUCUUGUCAGCUAAAGGGAAUCCCAAAGUAGUUUGUCACCGUCACAGACGGGGAAGUAUCUUCUCGUAUAUCGUCUGUGUGGGAGUCGGUAGAUCUCCUUGGCGUGGGGUCUUCAGUCUUGUGUGAAUGCCCUGCUUGGGUGUUUUGUCACAAUUGUCUCUCCCGGGAGUCUUCCUUUCUUUGAAAUGUAGUUUUUAGGUGCUAGAAACUACUCAUACAACGUACCUAUUCUAUCUUUCAAGGAUUUCGUUUCCAAAAUUUACAGUUUUAUUGCAAACCCAAAUAUUGGAAACUUGUAGAAGACAGAAGAAAAUGUUGGACCCAAAUGAUUCUGGCUUAGGCAAGUUUUACUGUAAUUGGAAAGUCUCCAAGAUUCUGACCAAAUAGAAAGCUGAAUUUGGGGCUGCAAGAUCUAUACUGGUUAUUGUUUAUAAUGACAUGGUCUUUUACGACUUCUUCUACAAUAUUUUUCCUAAAAGGACAUUAAAUAUUUGUAUUUAAUAUUUGCUUUGAUACCACUUCAAAUGUAGUAGGUACAUAGUGCUAAGCAUGUAAGCAUACACAAAAAAAAACACUCACACUUGGAAUGCACUGGGAAAAAUUAACAGCAACUUGGACCCUAUAAUACUCUCUGUGCACUUGUCAGACUUUUGUAUGCUUUUGCCAGAUCACAGGGCUACAGCCAGGGCUAGGAGGUAGUAUGGGAAAAUUAAUCUAUAGCAAUGUACGUAUUUCAAAAGCAAGAAAACUAAUUGUUUUGAACACAAAGAAACAAAAAUGAAUUCAAGGAAAGAAUAAGGAAUGUGAACCAUGUUCAAUAGGGGAAUUGGCACUUCAACUUCUUCAUCUAACAAGCCACCACAGACAUCAGUAUAUCUAUAGCAUCCAUCAGAGAAACCAAAUUUCUUAUGACAGAAAAUGAUAGAGUCAGUUUUAAUGUGUAUACAUUUCUUGAAACCAUAAUUAUGGCUCUUUGAGAGUGGUGGGAAGUUACCAAUUACAUCUGGUAAUUGUGAGAUGUAAUUAACCUCCUUAUGCACAGUUGUUCCACAAAUUGUUACUGAUAAUACUUGAUAUAAUUUCCUACAGUUUAUUUUUUAAGAGAUGCUUCUUCUUUAUUCAGUAAAAAAUGAGAAAAAUUUAAACCAAAGAUUAAAAUAUGUAUUUAUAUUUGAGUGUAAUAACAUUCACUAAUUAAUAAUGUUUUAAAGCAAAUUAAAAGCUGUUUUUUUUCUUUUAUUUUCUCCAUUUCUUUUAAUUCUAUUGUAUGUUUUGAAUUUAAUCAGUUUAUAAAUAUUUUAAAUAACAAUUCAAAGUUGAAUCAUUAUUUUAUGUGGUGAACAAAACUAAGAAGUGACAAUAUUUAUUAUGUUUUUGAAUUAUUUAUUAGCCUAUACUGAAAAUACAAGUAGCAAAAUUAGUAGACAUGGCAAGUGUAUUUUUGUACUACAAAUAUGAUCAAAUUUGAAAUGUCUUGAUACAAAAUGUUUGGUUAUUUUCAAAUUAUGUGAUUAGCCUGAGGGAUAAUCUCAAGAAAAACCCUUUAUGGGAUGAUUAAGACUAAUUAAGCAAUGCUUUCAGUAACAGUACAACUUAGGCAGUACAAUUCUAAUAGCAACAUAUCUGUGAUUUUGAAUGUACUACUAUAUUUCUUAGAAAAACUUAAUGAACAUUCAAGAACACUUUGUAUAAGCAAGUCUGCACAAUAAACAAACAGUGACUUACUGAAUACAUUCAUGCAUUUUCCUGGGCUUCAGAUGAAUGAUUCUAUAAUAGAAAAAACAUAUUUUCUGUCUCAUUAACAUACUUAUCCUUUAUCAGUCGACAUUAAGAAUUUCUAAACACUGGAAUUGUGAAUAGACAUAUUGCUUAUCAGGUCUUGUUGCUGUCUAACUUCUGUUGCUGUCAACUUCUUGAUCACAUCUUCACUGUGCAUUUGUCUUUUCCAAUAUACAUCUCUUUCUUUAUAUUACUAUUUUGUUGUGUGAUUUCUAAAACAAAUGUGAAUAUAUUGCCAUUAUGCAUUGUAUUUUUAGCACACAUUGUCAUUUUGUACUCUAUCCUAUUACCAACCAAUUGUUAACUUUGCACCAUUAGUAUUAAAGGAAAGAAAGAGUGAAUAUGCAGUUGUAUAAUUUACAGUGCCUACAUUUUUGUUAAUAAACACAAAUAAGAAUUUUAAUUUAAUAUAUAACUUAAUAUUUCAUUCAUUUCCAAAGGUGUAAAGUAAUUUUAAUUUGCAAUUGGCAUUUUCAUACAUCUAAUUGUGGUAUCCAUCAGGGAAACCAAAUUGCAUAUAGGUAAUUGCAAAUUAUGAAGAGUUGUCAUCAUUCCUGUUGGAUUAUACAUUUCUUGAAAACAUAAUUACUCCUCUUUGAAGGAGAAGAAAAGAUUCUAACAAGCUCGAAUUUGUUGAUUUAAAAAACUCUUAUGGCAUUAAUGAAAACAUUAUUAUUAUUUCUGAAAGUGGCAUUUGUAGGAUUUAAUUUUUUACGAGGAAAUGUAUUUAUUAACAUGUAUCCAAUAUAUUGUUUCUUUUUUUUUAAGGUAUUCUGAAAUUCUUGAAAUAUAUUCAAAUUUCUAAAAGAUAAAAUGAUACAAACUUGAGAAUCCUUCAUAGGUGUCACUCAAAUUUCUUACUUAUGCUUUUGUCUUCUGUUACCUUGAACAUUAUUGUCUAGAUAUUUGUUUCCAUGUCCUGUCAAUUAUAAUUACUGGGGCUUAUUCCUUAUUGCUGGUGGCAAAAAAUAAAGCAUUUCCAUAGCUCAUGGUAUUGUUCCCAGAGGCAUUUGCUGGUAAAUGUAUCAUAUCUACAUGUGUCCUGGACUCACUGGUAUCUGCCAAGGCCAUCCUUGUAGGUUGCUGAAAGAGGUGCAUUAUUCUCAAUGAUCUGUUGUCAACACAUUUUUAAAAUUACAUAAUUUUAAAUGCUCUAAUGCAUUUGCUGAGAUAUUUCUAUUUGUCACGUAAAAAUUCAGAAUAAUAAUUAUCUAAACAUUGAAAUUAGUGGUAGCUUCUUGGAAUGGUGAAUUCUUUUAACCACCUUACUUUGUUAACUCGGUUGAAAUGCACUAUGUUUGGAACUUUUUUCCCAAACCUUUUUUUGGCAGACCCCCAUUGUAGAAAUUGUUAAAUAAACUGACCUCUUUCAGUAAUUUAAUUUACCUAUUCACACUUGUAAACUUGCUUAGUACUCAAUAUUAAAUAUUUUGCUAGAUUACCAAUUUUAUUAGUUUGUUUAUAAAUAAAAUAAAAAAUAAAAGGAGAACAAAUGGCAGUAUCAUGCAACGUUUAAUUUUGAAACCUAUUAUAGUAGAUAAAUUGGAAGGAAAAAAGGGAGGUAUGUUUUAUAACAUUUUUAAAAUAAAAAAGCAAAUUCAAAAUAAGUAUCCAAAUUAAUUUUUUAUUGAAAAUAAAAAUGAAAUAAAAGAAUUAUCUAAUACAGAUAAAACUGGAAACCAAAAUGAUUACAAAAAAGUACUUUUAAUCAAUUAUACUGUAGCAAAAUUGUCUGAAAACGAAUACCAUGAAAACUUCUUUUCCACAUUUACUUUGUUUUGUUUGAUGAGAUAAUGCAUAAAGAUAUGAAACUUGUGCUAUACAUUAUUUAAUGCAAAAAUAUGAAUGUUCAUUUUUGUGACUUUUUGUGAUGUAUACAAGAGAAAAAAUCUUUUUCUACUUAAUUAGGUACUUUCUACUCAAUUGGAAUCAUAGAUAUUUUGAACCAACAAAUGAACAAAAUAUUUGUAUGCAUGUAUGUACUUGGUGCGACAGCCCGUAAAUGGGCUCAGGCCUACCAACAACAUCCCUGCCUCGCGGCCAUGGGUUAAGAGGGUACGUUUGAAACAAUU